CUUCCAGUGUAUAAAUAAAAAAAUAAAAAAAUAGAAGUCAAAACCAAAGUGUGUAAAGCAAAUUAUAGCUAGAUAGACAUGUAGCUUGUUUUUAACUGCUAGUGUAGAAUUUAAUAUCUCCCUCUCUUGUCUUUAAUGGGCACACUGCACUUCUUGUUUAAUAUAAAAAUUCAUGUUCUUCACGUUCUCUACCUCUCUGUGUCUGAGAUUCACUGGCUUUCUUAAUCCUUCCUUCAACAUUACAUAAAAUAAGACCACCCGACAUCUUUUUCUUCCCAAAGUUUCAGCCUUGGAUCAAGCCUCCUCUUCCCUUCUCUCUCUCUCUCUCUCUCUCUCUCUCUGAAACUUGUCAUUUUAAUAUUUGUUUUGGUUUUGGAAGAUUGGAAAACUUCCCAACAAAUGUGGUGCACUUGAACUGUUGCUGUUCAUUUGUGUUGCAACUCAUGUAAUGCAUCUUUGUAAUGGUCUCUGUCGAUGAAUAAAUGUUACCAGAAGUGCAAGCAUGGAGUUGAAGAAAGAUAAGCUAGUGAGGUUUUAUGAUAAUGAGAAACAAGAUGUUCAAUUUUCAUGGGAAAAAAGUGACACCCAAAAACACUCAAAAGAGUACAAAGUCUCAGCAGCAGCAGCCCCUCUGUUAAUUCCUGAAGGCAGCACUGCUGCUGGUGUUAGAGCUAAACCUCACAGAUUUGGGAGUUUUAAGGUUUUCCCAGAGAGCCAUGAGCCAUACAAGAAGAAAAUUCUUGAUCCAGGAAGUGACAUUUUCUUGCAAUGGAACAGGAUUUUCCUCUUUUCUUGCUUGGUGGCGCUGUUCGUUGAUCCGCUCUUUUUCUACCUUCCUUCUGUGCUGAAUGAUGGUAGCUCAUCUUGUGUGGCACCUGACUUGAACUUGGGAAUUGUUGUGACUUGUUUUCGCACUCUUGCCGAUAUGUUCUACCUGUUGCACAUGUUCAUUAAGUUAAGGACAGCUUAUGUAUCGCCAAGUUCAAGAGUUUUCGGGAGGGGUGAACUUGUUAUGGAUCCCAAGAAGAUAGCAAGAAGGUAUUUGAGAACGGAUUUCUUCAUAGAUCUCAUAGCUACACUGCCUCUCCCUCAGAUUGUGAUAUGGUUUAUUAUUCCUGCAGUUAGAAGCUCCCAUAGUACCAAUAAUGCCCUUGUACUGAUUGUUCUGCUCCAAUAUGUUCCAAGAUUAUAUCUUAUUUUUCCAUUAAGUUCUCAGAUUAUCAAAGCCACUGGUGUAGUCACAAAGACAGCCUGGGCUGGGGCUGCAUAUAAUCUCAUCCUCUACAUGUUAGCCAGUCAUGUCUUGGGGGCAUCAUGGUAUUUGUUGUCCAUCGAACGGUACAUGACAUGCUGGAAGUCAGAAUGCAGAAAGGAAUUCAGCCCCACGAAAUGUUUCCUCGGCUACUUGGAUUGUGGUAAUUUGAACAACGAUGAUCGCCGCAGAUGGAUGAACAGCACUCAAGUGUUUAGCAACUGCAACCCAGAAAACACCAUCGAUUUCAAUUAUGGCAUUUUUGAGAAUGCAGUGACUAAAAAUGUGGUCUCCACAGAGUUUCUUCAGAAGUACUUCUAUUGUCUUUGGUGGGGCUUACAGAACUUGAGCUCCUAUGGGCAGACUUUGACUACAAGCACAUUUAUUGGGGAAACUUCUUUUGCCAUACUCAUUGCUAUCUUGGGUCUGGUUCUGUUUGCCCACUUAAUUGGAAAUAUGCAGACCUAUUUGCAAUCCAUCACUGUGAGACUUGAGGAGUGGAGGCUCAAAAGGAGGGACACCGAGGAGUGGAUGAAACAUCGCCAGCUCCCCCGAGAUCUGCAAGAGCGUGUAAGGCGAUUCGUGCAGUACAAGUGGGUUGCCACUCGUGGAGUUGAUGAAGAAUCAAUUUUACAUGCCUUGCCUACUGAUCUUCGUCGUGAUAUCCAACGCCACCUAUGUUUAGAUCUUGUUCGACGCGUCCCCUUUUUCUCACAGAUGGAUGGUCAGCUUCUUGACGCCAUAUGCGAGCGUUUAGUAUCCUCCUUAAGUACUCAGGGCACCUACAUUGUUCGUGAAGGCGAUCCCGUUACAGAAAUGCUUUUCAUCAUACGAGGGAAGCUAGAGAGCUCAACAACAAAUGGAGGCAGGAUAGGUUUCUUCAACUCAAUUACUUUGAGACCUGGUGACUUUUGUGGUGAAGAAUUGCUUGCUUGGGCAUUGCUUCCCAAAUCAACCCUCAACUUGCCUUCUUCAACAAGAACAGUUCGAUCCCUUGAUGAAGUGGAAGCCUUUGCACUGAGAGCAGAGGACCUCAAAUUUGUUGCCAACCAAUUUAGACGGCUUCAUAGCAAGAAGCUGCAGCACACAUUCCGUUUCUACUCUUACCAUUGGAGAACUUGGGCUGCUUGCUUCAUUCAGGCUGCGUGGCGCCGGUUCAAGAAGCGACUGCUGGCAAAGAACCUCAGCAUGGUAGAGUCAUUUUCAUAUAAUUAUGACAAGCAUGAAGAGGCUGAUGAGGCAGAAGAAGAAAAGGAAGAUUACCCUAAUACCACUAAUGCAACUUCAAAUACUUUCCAAGUAAGACAGAAUCUUGGUGUUACAAUUCUGGCUUCAAGGUUUGCUGCAAACACUAGGAGAGGAGCUCAGAAAAUCAAGGAUGUUCAAUUGCCUAAGUUGUUGAAGCCUGAAGAGCCAGACUUCUCAAUAGAGCCAGAAGAUGACUAGUUUAUUAAGAUUGCUACAUACACAUUAAUAAUAAUAAUCAAAGCCAAUAGUCAAUAUUAUGCACAGAUUUUUUAUUUUAAAAAAAUAUCUUCAAAAGGUCUAUUUGGAAAUUAAAAUAGCAUGGGAUCCAAUUAUAAUUGGAUGGAUUGUGUGGUCAUGGGAACUGCAAGUCUCCAACCUCCCAAGAUGUUGGCUCAACAUUAAAACCUAUGUUGUGUUUCUACUUAAUUUCUAGCAUCUGAAUUAUUGACCCCAUUGUAAAUUCUAGUUCCUCUACCUAUAUAGCCAGCUGUA